UCGUAUGAUAUUAUAUGAACUAGUAAAAUUGUGAGAGAAUUAAUGGAGGAGGGCUCGUUUCAACAUUUCACUCAUGAACAACAUCCUUUAAUCUAUAAAAGUCAGUCCCCAUUUUUCAAGUCAAAAUCAUUAUUCAGUUGCCAUAUAUGCAAUCACUUAAUCAGUCCAUCGGAAAGGCAUUACUUUUGUCAAUAUUUGAUUUGCAACUUUCACAUCCACAAACAUUGUGGGGAGUUACCAAGGCAUAUCAACAGCUCCUUCCAUGGUGUGCACCAUCUUACUCUCCUUAAGAGAUCAUCGUUGCAAAACUCUGUUCAUUGCUUUUAUUGUGAGAAGGCCUUCGGAGAUGAAUAUGCGUACACUUGCGAUGAGUGUGAUUUCUACAUGCAUACCAAUUGUGGUUUGAUCCCGCAGCCCACAAUAACAAACCACUGUGGUGAAGACAACGGUGAUGAUGAUCAUGGCGUCAUUCAAUUCUCAUGCCACCAACAUCCAAUGGCACUUAUCGAGGUUGAAGGUGGCGAGCACAUUAAUCUUGGUAAGAAAUGCUUUGCAUGUCAAUUGCCUUGGUCCAGUCCAGCCUAUUCUUGCACAACACUUACAUGUGAGAAUUUUUUCCAUAAGUCGUGUGUAGAUCAUCUUCCACAAACAAUUCAACAUCCUUUUCAUUCACACAAACCUCUUAUCCUUCAAAUCAGUAAGCCUCGGUCUUGUAGUGUUUGUUUUAAAAAAGAUUGCAGACUCAUUUUUAGUUGUCGUGAAAUUGGAUGUACGUUUAAGAUUGGUACCGAGUGUGCAUUUCUUGACACAAUUGUAAAGUGUCGGAGUCAUGAUCAUUUGCUUUCUUUUGUGGAAGGAGCAUAUUGUGACGAUAUCCAAUGUGAUGCUUGUCGAAAAUCUUACAAAGAGUUGAAUAAUCAUGUGACAUAUGAAAUUCAUUUGACUCGAUCAUUCCUAUUUCGUUGUAUGGAGUGUGAUUUCAACCUCCACUUUCUAUGUGGUCUAUUGCCAUCUACCAUUAAGUACAAAUACCACAUACACGAGUUGACUCUUGCUGAUUCUAUCAUCGAGGAUAAUUGCCACGAAUAUUGUUGCGAUGUAUGCGAACAAGAAAGGAACCCAGAAUUUCGUAUUUACAAAUGUACCGAUUGCCAAUACACAGCGCAUAUACACUGCUUAAUUCAUGAGAUUUGGAAGGUGAUCAAGAAAAAAGACAACAUCAUUAAUCAUGUGGAGCUCUGGGCUCUGGGAGAAAAUCUAUGGAAAUGGGAAAGUGAAAUGGAAGAGGAUGAUACUAUUUCGACUAAGCAGAAAAUGACACUUAGGGACUUAAUGAAUUGUCUAACCCAAGAAGAAAAAAAGAAGAUGCUCCAACCAUCCUACGAUUAUAAAACAACUUUCUACCAUUACUACAAAACUGCUAAUUCUCGAUUUCAUCAAUUAGGUUCUAUUGAAGAUUUUGACACAAUGAAGGAAUUUUUCCAAGAGUUUGGAAGCUUGAUAACAGACUUUAACAAUGAGCUUUAUUACUACAAUGCUGAAGAAGGUUUGAAAAUAGAUGAGAAAUAUUUGAGGCAAGAGGUUAUUGAAGUGGAUGGUAAGUACAAAGUACCAAAGACAUUGGCUCCUAUUUUGAAAACAUUAAUUGAUAAGUAUGGAGAUCUUGGUGGGGAUUCAAGUUUGACUCCUCAAAUGAAGAGUGUCACUAUAACGGUACUACUAAUUGUGAUCGACAAAAUGUGUAGAACUAAGAUGGAAGAUGUCACAUGGGAUGACCUAAAAGAAUGGUAUUUUUAUCUAGGUGGCAUUCGUAGAAUUACAUAUUUCAAAAUCAAUCAACUCUUGGUUGAUCUAAGAAAAAAAAUAUUCCCAGUGUAUUGGAGCUUUAAAGCAAUUAGAUGUAAGAAACAAGUCGCUGAAAAUCUACAUGACAAGAUUGAAUCUUUAAAGGCUGAAUUGAAGAGAAGCGAGGAAAAUUUGGAGGAACUCGAGAAAAUUGACAUGCAUGAGUUCAUAAACAUUGCUUUGCAAAUGAUGCCAUAGAAGACAGUUGGUGACGAGAUUUUAGGUAACAUAGAAAUUUUAGAAGAAAUGAGUGGCAGAAUUUAUUAGUACUUUAUAUAUAUAUAUAGGAGAAUUUUUUUAUAGGGGUUUCACUUUAAGCCUUACCGAUGAGACUCUCAGUAUUCUUAACCCGUGAAUAGUUUUCGAUGCGAUUUUUUUUAUAUGAUCGUGUAUAUUGUAGCUAUUUAGAGCAUCCUGCAAAUUUUCAGAAAAUUCCGAAUAGUUUACAGUACCGAAAACUAAG